AUGCGGCAACAGCGACAGCAGCAGCAGCAGCAGCAGCGGGAGCAGCAGCUAGCAGCACUCCGCCGCGCGCUGCAGCAACGGGGCUGGCAGACCCGCGACGGCGUGCAGUUUGGGGUGGACCUGCUGCUGUACAGCAGCAGCAGCAGCAGCAGCAGCAGCAGGAGCAGCAGUAGGAGCAGCAGGAGCAGCAGCAGGGGGAGGAAGGGUUUGCUGCAGCACCAGCAGCACGCCCCCUAUUUGCUGCUGCUGCUCGACCCCUCAAUUUGCUGCCGCCGCAUCUGUGGGGCCCUCCGCCUUGCGAACUCCGUACGGAAAGAAUUGCUGCUGGCUGUACCUCAGCCGCAUGCAGCAGCAGCAGCAGCAGCAGCAGCAGCAACAGCAGCAGGGGAAAGAGCAGCAGCAGCAGGAGAAGCAGCAGCAACAGAAGGAAUAGCAGCACCAGCAGAAGGAGCAUCAACAACAGCAGCAGCAGCAGCUGAAGGAGCAGCAACAGCAGCAGCAGCAGCAGGUUGUUCGUUUCGUGUGCUGCAUCUUAAGCGUUUUCUUCCUUGGCGGCUGUAA